AUGUUGAGACACGUGGAAACCACGUAUUUCUGGUGUUUCACCUAUUUCUUCACCCUGGAGAUUUACAGGCUUCCCUUGAAAAAGGCUCAGUGCGUCUCUGCAACGAUGAGUCGCGUGCAAGACCUCGCUCCGCAGCACAUCGCGAAUGUCGUGUGGGCGAUGGCGAAGAUGUCUGCGAGCAGUGCAGAGCAAUGUGGGGCCUUUGCCAGGCCAGCCUGGGAGGCCCAGCAACAAUUCAAACCGCAAGAGGCGUGCAAUUUGCUUUGGGCUUUUGCUGCUACCACGGUCCACGUAAGGGAUGCCCAGAUGGCCAAUACGGUGGCCGCAUUGAGCACACAGCUGCUGAAACAGCUGGGGCGCUGCAAUCCACAGGACCACGCGAACUUCAUGUGGGCUGCCGUGAUAUUGUCAGCCGCGGACAGGAUCCAGUUUUCCCUUUACCGACCCGAAGCCGGCUUAAGCUUUAUGCACCUGGCAGAUCAAGUGACCCAGUCAGCGGUCUCGGCAUGCUUCCGCAGCUGGCGACGGCUAGUGUCUGCAGUGGUGUGGGCAGUCUCCAAAGGCACCUUCCACGAGCUCAUUCCUCAGCCCACCAAGCCGAGCCGGGGCUCUUCCACGCCGCCGGAGCCUGGCUGGCAGAGGAACAUCGAAGCCAUGGGCCUGCGUCUCAGAGCUCUCUGGGUUCCCGGUCUCUUGGCGAAGGGCAUCGCAUUGGCUGCCGAGUUCCGGACGCAAGAGCUGACAGGGGCCCUGCUCUUCCGAGCAGACGAGUUGGCCUCCGUCGCGGCGUCUGUUGCCAGGUUGAGCCAAGACACGAAGGUUCUGAAGCAGCUGUUCUUCCAGUCGCAGCCUGGGUGCGAAGCCUUCACGGAGUCAUCGUUGUCUGUUUUCAUCAAUCCUUUCGUCCCAUCAGUCACCAUGGGCAGUGACGGCAAGGGCAAGGGCAAGGGCUGGGGAAUGCCCUACAACUUCAUGACGAUGAUGAAGGUGAUGAUGGCGAAGGGCAAGGGCAAAGGCAAGCAGUACCGAGUGCCGGCCGACAAGAAGGUUUGGAUCGGAGGUUGGCCGGCCGAGUCGACCAGCGUCGAGACCAACAAGAAGCUGAAGGAACACAUGUGCCAAGCCGGAGAAUGUAUUUGGGCGGAAGUCGGCUGGAAGGGCGAAGGCCACGCCGUCUUCAAGACCCCGGAGGAGUGUCAGAACGCGAUUGCUAUGCUCAAUGGCAGCAUGUUCGAGGGGCACACUCUUCAGGUAGAUGUUUGGACCAAGAAGGAUCCGACCCCCGCCGCGUGA